GGUUGCCAUUGGUUAAUUGGAAAGAUCAGCUUGCAUCAAAUCGAAUUUUCGAAUAUUGCCUACCAAGGUGGCUACUGUAAGUGCAACUACUGGAGCGAGUUACACCCUGCAGAGGCCAGAAGGAAAAUUAGUAUGGCCAAAUACAAUUUAAAAUGGAACAGACUCGUCGAUGUGUCGAUGUGUACCAAGACCAAUAUGCAGAAAAUACAGGACCAUCCUGCUGCAGAAGUGUUCAAGGGUAUUGGUGACUAUCCCGCCGAGUACAAUCCCAAAGUGCAUGGACCUUACGAUCCGGCCCGUUUUUAUGGCACUCCCUCCACGCCGUUUUUAGAACUGAAGCUCUACGAGGUCCCCCAAUGGCUAAAGUGCCGCAACAAAUCGCCAAAAUCUUUAGCUGCAUUAUUUUCCCGCGCUUAUUGGCGAUGGUCACACCAAUAUGUACAACCAAAACGUACAACUGCGGCUCCGCUGAUUCAAGGGCUUGUCGGUAUGAUGUUAAUAUUCUACAUCAUAAACUAUGGCAAAAUCAUUCGUCACCGAAACUACAAAUACCAUUAAAAACCAAUAGAUUUUUGACAUCAUAUUAUAUUGUAAGAGUGUUUUAAACCAACGUAAUUACCAAACUAAUAAUAUAAAUUCUGCUGUUUAAGUGAAAUAUGGACGAUUAUUCGUGGACUAUACAUUGUCUCAA